AAUCCAAGCUGUGAGAAAACAGUAAAAAGGAGGCGUGUCAGACGUCGUGGUACAUUUUCCGAUGCAGCUAGACGGAAACAACUUCAUGACGCUGCCACCAAAUACUCGCAGAAAAAUCCACAAGUUAAUACACAUGCUGUCGCUGAAUACUCGCAGGCAAAUCCACAAGUUAAUAGACAUGCUGUCGCUAAAUACUCGCAGGCAAAUCCACAAGUUAAUAGACAUGCUGUCGCUAAAUACUCGCAGGCAAAUCCACAAGUUAAUAGACAUGCUGUCGCUAAAUACUCGCAGGCAAAUCCACAAGUUCAUAGAGACGCUGUCGCUAAAUACUCGCAGGCAAAUCCACAAGUUCAUAGAGACGCUGUCGCUAAAUACUCGCAGGCAAAUCCACAAGUUAAUACACACGCUGUUGCUGAAUACUCGCAGGCAAAUCCACAAGUUCAUGGAGACGCUGUCGCUAAAUACUCGCAGGCAAAUCCACAAGUUAAUACACACGCUGUCGCUAAAUACUCGCAGGCAAAUCCACAAGUUAAUACACACGCUGUUGCUGAAUACUCGCAGGCAAAUCCACAAGUUAAUAGAGAUGCUGUCGCUAAAUACUCGCAGGCAAAUCCACAAGUUAAUACACACGCUGUCGCUAAAUACUCGCAGGCAAAUCCACAAGUUAAUACACACGCUGUCGCUAAAUACUCGCAGGCAAAUCCACAAGUUAAUAGACAUGCUGUUGCUGAAUACUCGCAGGCAAAUCCACAAGUUAAUACACACGCUGUCGCUAAAUACUCGCAGGCAAAUCCACAAGUUAAUAGAGACGCUGCCGCUAAAUAUUCGAACACAAAUCCACAAGUUAAUAGACAUGCUGUCGCUAAAUACUUGCAGGCAAAUCCACAAGUUAAUAGAGACGCUGCUGCUAAAUAUUUGAACACAAAUCCACAAGUUAAUAGACAUGCUGUCGCUAAAUACUCGCAGAAAAAUCCACAAGUUAAUAGACACGC